CCUCAAUAUCCAACCGUCCACGCCAGUCCGGAAGAACAGUGCGCAGGAUGGCUUCCCCCAGUUAUUUGCCAGGCGACAUCAAAGCCGACCUCACAGGCGAUGACAAGAAGAUCGAAGAUCUAGGCGAGAAGAAGUUGAGUUCAGAUGGCGAGAUUGAAGCAAACGUAGUUGAACUCAACGAAGCCGAAGCGAGAAGAAUACUGAAAAAAGUUGACUUCAGAUUGGUGCCAUUACUGUCCUUGUUGUAUCUUGUCGCAUUCAUAGACAGGAGCAAUAUCGGAAAUGCAAAAAUUGCAGGACUUACAAAAGACCUGCACAUGGUUGGUCUCCAGUACAACACCGCUGUCACUCUCUUCUUCGUCCCGUACACACUGCUCGAGGUCCCUAGCAACAUCGUUCUAAAGAUGAUGAGACCGUCUCGGUGGAUAGCCAUCCUGAUGUUUUGCUGGGGUCUUACCAUGACACUUAUGGGCCUCGUGAACAGUUAUGGGGGUCUUCUUGCAGCACGAUUCUUCCUGGGCGUCACCGAGUCGGGUUUCUUCCCAGCCGCAACAUUCCUCUUGACCCUCUGGUAUCGACGAUAUGAAGUGCAACGCCGCAUGGCUGUGUUCUAUAUCGCAGCCUCCCUCUCGGGUGCUUUUAGCGGACUUCUGGCCUACGCUAUCCAGAAACUCAAUUCACGGGCUGGCCUCUCAGGGUGGCAGUGGAUUUUCCUCAUCGAAGGCCUCAUUCCAGUGUUUCUCUCGUUGUUUAUUUGGAAGCUCCUACCUGACAGCCCCGAGACGGCGCGGUUCUUAACUCAGGAAGAGAGAGACUUCCUUGUGAACAGACUAGCAGAGGAGACUGGGACAGGACACGGAAGGGUGACGAAUCAGGACAAGAUUCAGAAACACCAUAUCUUGGCUGGCUUGUCCGAUUGGAAGGUUUGGGCCGCGGUAGUUAUAUUUUGGGGUAAUACUGUUGGUGUGUAUGGAUUCACGGCAACCGUUCCAACCGUCAUUCAGCAGCUCGGAUAUUCAGCCGCCAACGCUCAACUGCUGACCAUUCCUAUCUACGUCUUCGCCUCUAUUGUAACUCUAAUCUUUGCGUUUUGGUCCGACUUCCGACAAGCACGAUCGCCCUUUAUCGUCGCUGGUUAUUGCAUUGCCGCUUGCGGCUUCAUCGCGCAACUAGCAAUCCCCCAUCCAAAGUACCCGGGCUUGACAUACGGCUUCCUAUUCCCAGUUGCGGCAGGUCUGUACUGUCCCUUUAUCUGCCUGGUAUGUUGGAUCGCCAACAACUUAGCGCCGAGCUCCAAGCGCGCUGUCGGGAUGGCUCUUUUAAUAUCGGUCGGAAACAUGGGCGGAAUCAUGGGGUCGAACAUAUACAUCGCACGCGAGGCGCCUAAGUAUCAUACCGGCUUUGGUGUUUCUUUGACUAUGGUGUGCUGCGCUAUCCUCAUGACUUUUGUCUUGAGAUGGGGAUAUACGAGGGAGAAUAACAAGCGGGCAAAGUUGUUGAUGGAGAAUACAGAGGAGGAGAUUAAGAGUAGGUACACGGAGCAAGAGAUGCUGGAUUUGGGUGACCGGAGCCCAUUUUUUAGGUACACGCUUUGA